AAGCAGACCGGAAUCUUGUGUUCUUGACAGAAAAUCGUAUUCAUACUAGCUGCGACAAUGGAUGAUGAUGCGGAAACGUACAAACUGUGGCGCAUCCGAAAGACCGUGAUGCAACUAAGCCACGAUCGUGGCUAUCUGGUAACGCAGGAUGAGUUGGAUCAAACGCUCGAACAAUUUAAGGAACAGUUCGGCGACAAACCAAGCGAAAAACGACCGGCACGCUCAGAUCUGAUCGUACUGGUGGCACACAACGACGAUCCGACGGAUCAGAUGUUUGUUUUCUUCCCCGACGAACCGAAGAUUGGCAUCAAAACAAUCAAAACAUACUGCACCCGAAUGCAGGAGGAAAACAUUCACCGGGCCAUUGUGGUGGUGCAAUCCGGCAUGACACCAUCGGCUAAACAAUCCCUCGUCGACAUGGCACCGAAGUAUAUUUUAGAACAAUUUCUCGAGUCCGAGUUGUUGAUUAACAUCACCGAGCACGAGUUAGUUCCGGAGCACGUCGUUAUGACACCAGAGGAGAAACAGGAACUGUUGGCCCGUUACAAGCUCAAAGAAAACAUGUUGAUGAGGAUACAGGCAGGCGACCCGGUGGCUCGCUACUUCGGUCUGAAGCGCGGACAAGUGGUGAAAAUUAUCCGCCCGUCAGAAACUGCCGGAAGAUACAUUUCCUACCGACUAGUGUGCUGAGGAUUUA